GCAUUGCAAGGGCGAGAAGACGAAGCCGCAUGGCUACGGCUACGAGCGUGGCGGCGACGGUCCUCCUCUCGCUCCUUCUCCUGGCGCGCGCGCGCGGCGCCGACGACGACUACUCGGGGUUCGUGUACGCCGGCUGCUCGCAGGGGCGCUACGCCUCCGGCACGCCGUACGCGUCGGACGUCGACUCCGUGCUCACCUCGGUCGCCAACAGCGCGCCCUACGCCCCCUACGCAAACUUCACCUCCCCGACGUCGAGCUCGGUGGCCGGCCUCUACCAGUGCCGCUCCGACCUCCCCGCCUCGGUCUGCACCGGCUGCGUCCGCUCCGCCAUCUCCAGGCUCUCCUCGCUCUGCGCCUGGGCCACCGGCGGCGCCGUGCAGCUGCGGGCCUGCUUCGUGCGCUACGGCAACGACACGUUCCUCGGGAAGCAGGACACGGCCGUACUGUUCAAGAAGUGCGGCGGCUCGCCCGGGGACGCCGGGGGCGCGGCCAUGCGGGACUCGGCGCUCGGCGCGCUCGUGGCCGCGGCGGCGCCUGCCGGGGGAGGCUACCGCGCCGGCGGAUCCGGUGGCGUGCAGGCCAUGUCGCAGUGCGUGGGGGACCUCGGCGCCAAGGCCUGCUCCGACUGCGUCUCUGCCGCCGCCGCGCAGCUCAAGGCCGGGUGCGGCUACGCCACGGCCGGCGAGGUGUACCUCGGCAAGUGCUACGCUCGCUUCUGGGGGAACGGCGGCGGCGGCUUCAGCAGCGGCGCUUCCCGGAACGGGUACGGAUUUGGGCCUCGCGUGCACGGCGACCGGCUCGCUCUCGCCGCCGCCGGUGGCUUCUUCACUUCCCUAGCCUAUUUCACACUUGUACUGAUCUAGUCACUGAGUCACAGUCGCAGUACGUAUGAUAAGUAUGAAUCUUGAGAGUAGAGUACGUACUACGUAAUACCUGUGUGCUUGUGAUCGUAAUCACUGAUCAGCUCAUCAGCAUGUGUGAGUGCAGCAGCACAGGUUGGCCCUUGUGCUUGAACAGUUAAUCGUUUGGUUUUGUAACUUGCCUGGGAUUUGUCAGUUUGUAACUGUAAAUUUGAUCCUUAAAUUAUGCGAUUAUGCGUAGCUAGCGCUGUCUACGAUGUUACUUGUGACUUGUGAUUAUUUUACCGUGGGCAGUGCUAUCCUGCAAGCCGACACUUAGCCUUCGGAGAGCACUGAACAAU